AUGAAGCGUGGCCUCUGCGGGUCCUCGCAGGACAUCCAGCGCACGGUCGGCCCUCCCCACGCGCUAGGGUCACGACUAAGCGGGACGAGGGCACGGGAGGACUCUCCGACCAGCCCCGAUGCCGCCGUCUCCAUCAUCGCUGCUGGGGCAGGCGCCACCAUCUCCGCCACCGCUACCGUUUAUGUCGUUGCCACCGAGGCAGACGCCACCGUCUCCGCCACCGCCGCCAUCUCCGUCAUCGCCGCUGGGGCAGGCGCCACCGUCUCCACCACCGCCGCUGUCUCUGUCGUCGUCGCCACCUCUGCGACCGACGCCUCGGACACUGGUGCCUCCCUCACCGGCUCCUCCUCCGCCUCGUCGUCAAGGUUUAUCUCCUCGUUGGAUGGAGGAACCCCAGGGGCAGCAUCUGGCCCCGCGGGGUUGGCUGCGGGGGCAGAAGGCGGGACAGGGGUCGGCCCCUGCUCCGUGCCCGACUACGGCACCCUUUCUUCAAUCACUGUCGUGGAGGCGGCCUCCGCAGGGGGCACCGUGGCCCCACCGACGACACCGCCGCUCGCUCCUGGCGGGGUCAUGGUUGGCCCCGUGGAGGCGGCCGAUGCCCGGAGCGCCUUCUUCGGCGCUAGCGGCAGGACGAAGUUUCGCGGAGCAGCACUGCGAGACGAUGACAACUUCAUCAAAAAUAGCCCGACGCUAAGAAAAGAAUAA